UAAUGUAUAAGAAUGAUGAUGCCCUGCUUCCCCUAUAGAUGGCGCUGCCUUCCUAUUCCUCGCCCUGGUUCACUGGCCUGGAGCGUCAUCAGCAGUGGCUGGUGCAUCGGCGGGAGGAGGAGAGCCGCUCCCGGCAGCAGUGGGAACUGGCCAGCCGCUACUUCCGCCACAGCCGGGUCUGUGCUGCCAAGCAGGAGCAGUGGGCCUCCAGGAAGUCCUUCCAGAUGAGCAUGAGCGCUUUUGACCAACGCGAGAAGAAGGAGGAGCAGGAAGCCCUCCUGGAGCGACGGAAGCGCCAGCUGCGGGACUUCCUGCGGGAGGAACAGGAAGUGCUGGCCGAGGAGCUGCGGGCCCUUCGCCUCCAUGCUCAGGAGGAAGGAGUGGAGGCCCAGCGCAGGAAGGGGCAGCAACUCAAGGGCAACCGUGAGCAGCGCACAAAACAGGUUGCUGAAGAGCGUCUCUACGAAUGUUGGAGGAAGAACAGCGCAAGGCUGCGGGAGGUGGAAUCCGAACUGCACCAGAAACAUGUGGUGGAAGCCUGGGCGGACCAGAAGGCGCAGAAGAUAGAGCGAGAAACAGCCGAGAAGAAAGAGACAAUUCGUGCCGAAAACACCUAUGAAGCGGCGCGGCGGGAAGCACUGCAGCGCAUCAAGGAGAAGGAAGAGCAGCAGAAGGAGGAAGCUAGGAAGCGUGCUGAGGCCCUGCGGCAACAAAUGGAAGAGCUGAUGCAACGUGAGGAGGAGGCGAAAAGACUAAAGGAGGAAGAGGAAGCGUUGUUGAAGCAGAAGUGGGAAGUGGAAGCGUUGGAAGCGGAGAGGAAGUGCCGGGAGGAAGGGAGGAAGAAGGACGAACUCCGGCGCUUCCUGAAGGACCAGUUCCAGGCCCAGAUGAAGAGGCGGGCUGAGCAAGUCAGGGAAGAGCUGGAAGCGGACCGUCGGCUGCUGUGUGCACUGUCAGAGAAAGAGGAGGAAGAAGCACGGAGGAGAAAGUCUGCCCGGAAGCAGGAAGCGCAGGCCGCCGUUUCCUGGAUGAAGGAAGUUCUGGAAAAACAGGAAUGCCUUGAAAGGGAACGGCAGGCCGAGGCCGAGGCCCUCUUUCGAGAGGAAGCCAAGGUGGUCUGGGAGAAGCGAGAGGCAGAGUGGGAGAAGGAGCGCAACGCCCGCAAUAGGCUCAUGGCAGAGGUGCUGUGUGAGCGACGUGCACAGAUUGAGGAGCGUGUGUCGCUGAACCGUGAGGCCCAGCGGCAGGCGCUGCAAAGGCGCCAAGAGAUCAUUGAAGAGAUGGAGGAAGAGCGGAGGAAGAGGAAGGAGGAAGAGGAGGAGGAGGAGGCAGGGAAGACUGCCCGGAGGGAGGAGAUACAGGCACAGGUGAUGGAACGCCAGCACAAACUGGCAUCAGAGCGCCUCCAGGAAGAGGAAGAGGAGGCUGAAGGGCGUCUUGAAGAAGAACAAAAGGCCAAAAUGGAGGCUGACGAGGCCCGGCGAAUGGCCAAGCGUGGAUUCCAGCACAGAAGCUACGGCUUACCCAGAACGGCCUGGAACUGAAAUCUCGAGAGAUUGAUCCGUUUCCUGGUGGUCAUUUUGGUUUUUGUUUCCGUGACAAGACAUCGGCCAUUUUGUCUUUGUCUUUUCAUUUCCAUGUCGACAAGAGGAGGAGCUGGUGGCCAUUUUGCUUUCCUGGCUACCAUUUCGUUUUCUGCUUUUUCAUUUACAUGGAAGAAGGAACCAGUGGCCAUUUUGUUUUUUAUGUUUUCAUUUCCAUGUUGACAACAGGAGGAGGAGACAGACAUUUUGUUUUUGUUAUUGUUAUAAUUUUAAUUGUGAAAUCAAGUUAACAAAAGAAAUCCCGAUAACCAAGAAUGGUUUCAUUCAGAAAAUGUAAUUCACAUUCAAUAAAAAUUUGAUUUUAUAUA